AUUCCGAUCGUCAAACACUCAAAGGAUGGCCGACUGAAGCGUUCGGAGAACUGUUAAAAUCGACUAUGAAUGAUAUCAUGGAGUUGUGUCAAACGUAAAACGAAAAUGGCGGGUAGCUGAUCGCGCCGAUCGAUCACCGCGCUCGGCUCUCGUUUUUCCCGUGACAUUUAUAAACACCGGGAUCAACACAAACGGCAGGUGCGCAUCGUUCCGUUUGGUUCGUCGACCUUUUCCGCGCCCUCCGCUUAGCGCGCUUUUCGCUCCCACGAAGCCUGGGAGGGGUGUUUGUGUGUGUGGUGCGUGCAAGUGCGGAAAAUGUCCGGGAAUGAUGUGGUCAGUGGCUAUUUAGACGUGAAAAUCUCGUCUAGGAGCAGACGAGGUCUCACACCGUGGAAGGCCUGGCGAAAACAGUGGUGCGAAAUUCGUCGAUUGGACAACAUCGACAACGGGGUCGAGCUGAAGUUGAAAUCGUCCCCGGAUGGCUCAGUUUUGAAUUGCGUAGUCCUGCCGCGUUCCUCGACCAUUUGCAGGACGGAGUCCAGGACCAAGCAAUAUGCAUUUGGAGUUUUCACCCUUGGCAAAUAUCAAAAGCCGAUUUUGUUCUUAUCGGGAUCGUCCGAGAGCGAUUCACAGGACUGGAUUUCCUCAAUUAGGAGAAUGUUGUGCAUAGCAUCGUACUUGCCAGUGGGAGAAUCUAAUUUUCGAGUAUCGCUCAUCGACACAGCACACUCCAGGUCCGCAGGAUUGUUCGGCCUUUAUGGUGUGCUCAGCAUCAACUCCCAAGAGAUCGUCAUCAGUGAUCCGUGCACUGGGGAGCCUAAGAUCAGCUGGCAGUGGUAUCAGUUUCACCAGUUCCACCUACAAGCGCCGGUGCAACCAAAGGAUGACAAAAUGGUAGUUGUCAUGCACACCAGCGGAGAGUUUCCCGCGGGUCCUGGUCAACUUUACCUCUACUGUAAACAAGGCGUGCGUCUUCUCAAUCACUUGGUCGGACGCGGCAAACGGCCUAAAGUCGGCCCCGGUGGCGGGCUUAUGUCGUCGAAAAGAUUGAGUCGAAGCGAGGGCGAUUUAUGCGGCAGCCACGUGUGUCCGCCCGACAGCCCCAUGUGCUUCCGCAGUCAGACCGGCAGCGAUGAUUCGGGCGUACGUGUGUCCAUCGCGUCUGACGAUUCCGGAUAUGUGCUCAAAGCUAAGACUGCUUCUAGUUUAGCUAGUAUAGGAAUGGCACUCUUGACGAAGACGCCAGGUGGUAGUGAGACUGAGGACUCUGUUCAGGACUUGACAAAAAUUGACGAACAGUAUUUGAAAUCUUCGUUGCCAAGGCGUGAAUCUGGCGUGUCUUUGGCUUCCGGGAUUUAUGAAGAAAUUCCAGAUGAUCAUGUGACGAAGGUGACCAAAAAGAAGGAAAGUCAUAUAUACGAGAAUCCCUUGGAUAUGAUGUUGGAUGGUGAAAUUGGAAAGCAGUUUAAGCCUCCACCUUUGCCACCACGAAGGGGCGAAAUGUCCCCUGAUUGUGAUGAGGACAAAACCGCCUAUCAAAUGGACGCGACGGAUCCUCUUCUGUUCGCGUCGCCGACUUCCUUCAAGCACCGCUGCAAUACCCUGCCCGCAAAGGAUCUGGCGAGGAUGUCGCAAAUCUUUACCGCUGAAAGCGACUACGUGCCCAUGAGUCCCGGUCGCUUGGCCGACAAGCCCCGCAAACCGUCUAUUACGGAGAGUCUGUACAUGCCCAUGUCGCCGGUUAUCAAUCUCAAGAACCGGAUCGUGGAGAGCUACUACAUGAGCAUGACGGGCAGUAAGAAGAACUGAGAUAUCGGCAGAUACGGGACGGAGUCACCUGUAUUUACUGCAUUGUUGUUUUUGAUACGAAAAGACAAAGAAAGACUGUUACGUUUUUUAUACGCGCGGAAGACUGUUUUUUAUAUAUGAUUUAUUAAUGAACAGCCGACUAUGCUUCUUGUGAGCUGUAUAUAAAAUGCCAAAGACGUGACGUUACUAUAAUUAUAUUAUAUUGCUCAUGCAAGUCUCUCGUGGCAUUUUAAUUACUGAUCUAUAUCAUCUUAUAUGUGUGUGAGUUUAAAUUCUACGUGUACCAUACAGAAUCUAUUUUUGUGUAUGAUAGGACUGUCAGAACAUAUCUUUCAUAUCAGACAUGAACAAUUUGAAAAGAAGUAUUAAUAUACUUGAAAAAGCUCAAAUUUGUCCGACAAAUUAAUGAAGAAUGGAAAGUACAAAUUAAGAUUUAUUCAGUUUAAUAAAAGCUUGUUGCUCAAUUUUUCGAUCUCAUUAGCUUUUGUACAUGUUUCCGACAAGCAAAUGAAUUUUUGCUAAUUCGAUGCGUGGUUGUUGCAAGUAAUGUAUGUUUGUAUACUGAAUGUUGAACUCUGAAAUGCCUUCGCUUCUUGCCUUUUUCUCCUUGUUGAUUGUUGUUGUUAACUAUUACGUUGUUUGCUAGUUUUUAAGUCACUUUAGGUAAUAUUUAUAGAAAAAAUUGACCACCAAAUUCACUAGUCUAACCAAAGAAUUAUAUAUAUAUUUUUUUUGGUACAUCUGUGAUAUUUUGAUUUAUAUAAGCGUGUUUUGUGUUGUUGGCCUAAAAAAUUUUUAACAUUUUUAAAUAGGAUUUAAUGCUAGUGAAUUUGGCAUCUCGACAUCUCGUUUAUACGUGACUCAAGAUGAAAACUUUUUAUUGUCAUGUAACAUGCGUGAGAAAAACAAAAGGUACAAUACCAUUAUCGCAUGACAUGGCAGUAUUUUAAUUUCGUCUUAAAUGACAUGACUAUUUGUAUGUAUUUAGUUUUCAUAUUUAUGUUUUUAUGUUACAAAAAAUAUAUUUACCAUUUUUGAUAUUAAAACAUGCCAGUAUUAUUAUUUAUAUUUUGUUUAUGGCAAAUUCAUAUACAUAUAAUCAAUGUAAAGUUUAUAUAGCUUAAAUAAAGUGUUUAUAAUUAAUA